AUGGAUACGGUGAAGGUGUUAUUGAGUACCGCCAGCAGCACUGCCCCGCGAUGCCUCGACGGCAGCCCCGCCGGGUACUACCAUCAGCGCGGAUUCGGCACGGGCAGCAAGCGGUGGCUCAUCACUCUCGAGGGCGGCGGGUGGUGCUUCAACAUGCAGCGGUGCGUGCGGCGGAAAGCCACGGGGCUGGGCAGCAGCACCACGUGGCCCAACCCCGUGCCUGGCCAGCCUGGCAAAGCCGCGUCGCCCGGGGGGUCGGCGUCGGCGCUGAUGGGCGGAAUCGGGAGCGCGAACGCGACGGUGAACCCGCUGUUCUACAACUGGAACGUCGUGCUCGUCAAGUAUUGCGACGGCGCCAGCUUCGCCGGCAGCGCUGGCGCCGUCAAGAAGGGCGGCGCCGCCAUGUACGCCAUGGGCGCGGGCAUCCUGAAAGCCGUCAUCCAAGACCUGCUGCAGCAGCGCGGCAUGGCGGGCGCGCAGCAGGUGGUGCUGUCGGGGUGCAGCGCGGGCGCAGUGGCGGUGGGCAUGAAGUGCGACUCCGUGGCCGCCAUGCUGCCCCCCGCACUGCAGCCGUCCUUCAAGUGCAUCAUGGACGCUGGCUUCUUCCUCGACGGCCCAGCGGUGAACGGGCAGUACUACUUCCGAGGCACCAUUCAGACGCUCUUCGCCCUGCACCAAAUGGAGGCUGGCGUGCACCCCGCCUGCGCCAAGUACUACGCGGCGCGCAACGAGACAUGGAAGUGCUUCUUCCCGCAAUACGGGCUGCACUUUGUGCACACGCCGCUCUUCCUCGUGCAGAGCAUCCUCGACUACUCGGGCAUCGCCAAAACCCUCGCCCCGGAAACAAUCCCCGAGGGCGCUCCCAUCCGCGCGUGCAUGCGGCGCGGCAACGUGGCGUCAUGCCCAAAGAGCACUGCAGACAUUCUCGCGAGAUAUAGUCGCGGCAUGGAGCAGACGGUGCGGGACGUGGUGAAGGAGCGCAAUGCAGCGGGCAGCAAGAUGAAGGCGUUUCUGUUCAGCGCGGUGGCGCACUGCACCAUGGGGGAUGACACGUGGGCGGCCAAUAAACCCAUGAUGUCCAGCCGCGUUGACCUUGCACAGAUGCUCCGUCAGUGGAUCGUCUCCUGA